AUGUGGCAAUUAUUUAAUUUAGAAGAUCAAUAUUCUCAACAUCCCGAAAUUAAACGUGAAGAAAUUUUAAAACUACUCCAAUGGUUGAGUGCACAACCCCAUAUGCCGAGCCUAACCGAACAGGAGGCUUUGUUGUUCUUUCAUGCCUGUGAUCAUGGCAUGGAGUAUACAAAGCGUGUCAUUGAUAUCUAUUUGACAUGUCGCACCCAUUUUGAGGAUUUCUUUGGGAAUAUGGAUGUAGAGACGCCGGCAUGGAACCGGUUAUUUAAGACAAUGUAUGUGGAUGGGAUCGAUACAAUAUUUCCAUUGGAGAAUAUAACACCGGAAGGAUAUGGUGUUAUAUUGGGCAAGGUUGAUGACACCGAUGCUUCGAAUUUUUGUUUUGCCGAUGCAAUUAAAUUAUAUUUUUUGGUCCAAGAUAUUUGGCUGCAAAAAGUUGGACUAUUAAAGGGCCUAAUAUUUCUCGUUGAUUUUGAUGGUGUUAGUUUUGGCCAUGUCACUCGAAUUGGUUUAAUGCAAAUGAAAAAGUUCCUCUAUUAUCUACAGGAAGCCAUACCUGUCCGCCUGGUGGGUUUACAUUUUGUGAACAUCGGUCCAGUAACGGAUAGUCUAAUGACAUUAAUGAAACCCUUUAUGAAAAAAGAUUUAACUGAUAUGUUUCAUACCCACCUUGGUGUGGAACCAGUUUAUAAAUAUGUGCCACGUGAAAUAUUGCCACAAGAAUUGGGUGGACCUCUAGCACAUUCCAGAGAGCUGAAAGAAUCGUGUUAUAAUGAAUUAAGGCAAAAUCGUUACGAAAUUAUUGAGUAUGAUCGUCAUCGUCGAAUCAAUGAAAAACUAAGACCCGUAAAAUCGUCAUCAUCAUCAUCGUAUGACACAAGUAUUUUUGGUACUGAGGGCAAUUUUAAGAAAUUGGAUAUUGAUUGA